AUGGAUCUGUGUCACGAGGUGCUACAGACAAAGAGAAGACUGGAACAGUCAAAGCUCAGCUACAUUGAGAUACUGCAGGAAGAAGUGAAAAAGAGCCAAGAUCUUCUUUUAAUACAGAAACACCAAGAGAGCCGCAAGGGUGACGAAGACAGUGAAGAAGGGGUGGGAGGACCUCAGCCAUCUGUCAGCAAGUCUCGUGGGCAGGCUUCCUUCUACAAUGUCCCUUACGCAAUUCCCAAGUACCUUGUUGCACCUUCAAAUUUGGGCGGUGUGCCUAUCACAAUGGGCAUGGCAGUGGAACUACGAAAUAUCCUUUUUGGAAGCACAUUCCACAUUUUUAAUUUCGAAUGGAAGAAAUCACACUUCAAGUUUCGGGAACCUUACUCUGAAUUAUCAUAUGCAUUGGAGGCAGAAAGGGGAGGAUCUCGUGCCAUUCAGAUGGUUGUGCAAGCAAAUAUUAUCAAGUACCUGCUAUUCACCAGAAACAAUGUCAUGGAAAACACCAAUUUACAAAGAUUAUGUGAGAUAAGCCAGAAAGAUCAAGAAAAGUCUUUGGCUUCAGCACUGACUGAUAUUCUGUGGGCAGCAGGGGAAUGCCAACAAGCAAUCAUCUGCCUUGUGACCAAUGACUCCUACUUCAGUCCAAACAAAGACUACAAAACAGAUAAUUUCACGGAACGAAUUCAGCUGUUUACAUUUCAAGACAAAGAGGACACAUGGAAAUUCAUUUAUGGAAACAUACAAUGUUUUAAAGACGAGGGAAGCCAUGGAGUGAUUUUAUUUCUGUACAGUCUCAUUUUCUCAAGGACUAUAGACAGGUUAAAAGAAGACCUUGACUUUACAACACCACACCUCCUAACUUUAAGUUUGGGAAAUUUUGUGUGCAGACAGGCCCUGCUCAACCUCAUGAUGACCGGCAAAGCUAGUCCUAAUGUCUUCAAUGGUAACUUGUUAUAUGAUGACCAAGGCAAUCAGUUGCCCCAUCCUCUACGUGGAGUCCUAACUCGAUGUGAUGUUGGUUAUCUUCAUUGGAAUCGGGAUCAGCUUGAGCAAGACAGACUUCCAAGGGUUGGCAGCAUGCUGAAGACACCUAAGCUACCCAUCUGGCUGUGUAAUAUCAAUGGCACCUACAGCGUCCUCUUCAGCACCAACUGUUCCCUCCUGUCUGACUGGAAGAUGGAGCACUUGUUUGAACUUUACUUUUACAAUGGGCAACCAUCGCAGAAGAAAACAGUCGUUCUCACCAUAGACACCCAUUCUCACCAUUGGGAGGAAGGUCAUCAUGAAGGGGAAGUAGACAUUGAGAAAAGAUUUCCCUCUGUGGAGAUGACAAUUCGAACCAAAUGGGAAGGAGCAGCUAUAGACUGGAAUGGAACUGUGCCCUUUUUUUAAUCUACUAAACAAGGUGUUUUUCUUGGAGGUUUUCAUUUUUCUCUUUUUCAUUGGAAUCGUUUCCUUUUAUUUGUCCUCCAGUCAAUAGAAUCAUACAAGCGUUACAAAAAACUCCACGGCUCCAGAGCUGAAUUUAGACUUGUGAGCUGUGAGCCACUCCAUUAAUCAGACAAAUAUUGAAUUUACUUUCUUAUAAAAAUGACUAUAUGCAAAGAAUUCUUUUUCUGUUACAUGCUAUUUUUUCAAAAAAUUAAUAAAAUUUUAAUUAAUACCA